ACAAAGCAGUCAAAACAACUCGCAGUCGUACUUCGGUCGUUUUGGAAUUUGUUUCUUACAGGUGUUGUUAUCGAUUUCAGUGCAAUUCAACGAGUGAUAACAAUAAUAAUCAGUCUUUAGAACGAAAUGCUGAUACUUGGAUUGUUGUUUAUUAGAGACAGGCAUUCACACAUUUUGUAAAAUGAAUUUGGAACCAAUUAACAAUGCCUUGCUGCAUUUGCGAAUGCUACGGUCAAGUGUUGGCCAGGUUUUCGAAACUCUUGGCAACGGAGUGCGUGCUGAGCACGGUGAAGAAGGAAAGGAACAAAAAUUCCUCCAAGAGAUCAACGAGCUGCUCGGUGUGGUAAACACAAAUCUUCGAGAGUUUGAAACAUCUAUCAAUGAUCUUACGCCCCCGCAAGCACCGUUCAAUUUAGCAAAUACGGCCUAUUUGUCGCUGGAAACAAACUUGGAAAGACAGGCGUUGUAUCCACAUUUGGUGCAGAGCUACAAGUGGCACGACAAGCUCCACGAAUACAGUACUUUCGCUUCCACACUGCUUCAGCAAAAUGCCCUCAAGAGAUCCUACUAUACAAACACCAAACGGAGACGAUCACUUCCCUCGAGCCAUUUGGCGACACCUCAAACGGUCGAUAAUCUGAUUGGCAGUAUUCACUAUAAUAAUAUGAACUUAAAAAUCGUUCGACCAUUCAUGACCAAUGCAAUUCUGCACGUGUCGAUUGCGCGUGUUCUCCGAGCAGCAGUUAUUCUCAAAGGAUUGCUUAUAGAGUGGGUCACCGUCAAGGGUUACGACGAAUCUCUGUUGGAUGGAGUCGAUGAACAUUGGACCGAAUCACGGCAUCAAGUAUUUCGCAAAGUUCAAGAUCACGCCCACUCUGCCAUGUUGCACUUUUUCUCACCAACCCUGCCGGAACUAGCGAUCAGGAGUUUUAUUACUUGGUUCCGUAGCUACGUAACAUUGUUCGCUGACCCUUGCAAAAAAUGUGGCAAACAUCUACACAAUACCCUGCCUCCCACAUGGCGAGACCUGCGUACUCUGGAACCUUUCCACGAGGAGUGCAAACAGUGACGAAUAAUUUCAGUUUCCCAUUCGGAGUUGUGAGCUUAUUCUCCUGAUAGUUUGAAGAUAUGAUGGUGUGUAAUUUUGUUUCUUACAUAAGGUUAUAAUCCAAUUUUAUUUAGAAAAUUAUGUGUACGAAUUAAACUACAGUAAACAAAGAACAAAUUUCAAC